UGGAUUGGUACGCAGGAUAUGAGCAGUUUGUCAAGCGCAAUCUGACUCUGCUCCCCCAUCAGCAAGCAGCCCAGCAACAGCAGCAGGACGAGCAGCCUCAGCAGCUGAUUCAACCGCAGCAGACUGACAUAAUGACGUCCAUGUUUGAACAACAGAUCAAGAGCGAACCUAUGGGAUUUUACUCUGUUGCUUCAAGUCGCUCGGACGGAUCUAACUCUAUGGUGAAUCUAUCUGACGAUCGAGAGGAUCUCUCUCAACAGGAAGGUCAUAUGCAGCCCCAGCAGCAGACGAUACAGUUGAAUCAGCAGCAAAGUCAGCCGCAGAAUCAGCAGCAGAGUCAACAACAGGCGCCGCAGAAUCAGCAACAGCAGAAUCAGGGUAUGCCGCACGAGUCGCCCGGUCGUCAGUCUACGGGUCAACAGACCGUGAAGGAGGGCUCGCGAUCGAAACCUCAACCUUGCAAGGUUUGUGGCAAGGUGCUGUCCUCCGCUUCGUCCUACUAUGUGCAUAUGAAACUUCAUUCGGGAAAUAAGCCCUAUCAUUGUACAGUAUGCGAAGCGAGUUUUUGCCGUAAACCUUAUCUAGAAGUGCACAUGAGGACGCACACCGGCGAGCGACCUUUUCAAUGCGAGCUAUGUUUGAAAAGGUUUACUCAAAAGAGCAGUCUCAAUACUCACAAACGGGUGCACACGGGGGAACGACCGUAUGCAUGCGACAUUUGCCACAAACGUUUCGCUGUAAAGAGCUACGUCACGGCGCAUCGUUGGAGCCACGUAGCCGAGAAACCAUUGGUCUGCGACCGAUGUUCCCUCACGUUCACGUCCAAAAGUCAAUUUGCGAUUCACAUCCGUACACACACCGCCAGUACCACUUACGAGUGCAAUAUCUGCGGACGUACGUUCGUACGCGAUAGUUAUCUGAUAAGGCAUCAGAAUCGGGUGCAUCGUGACAUGAAUCAGAGCAGCUCGAAUCACAAUCCACCGACGCCACAGAGUAGCGGCGCUGGUACGCCAGGCACCGGCUUCGAGAGUCCGGUCUGUGAUUUGCGCUACAACGAGGGACCGUCGUCAUUGGAUGGCCUCGCGGGAGCCAAAGGCAACCCCGGCAUAGCCGCGGAGAUCGCUAGUUUAGCCAAGCAGAACAAUCUACAGCUUCCACUACCGUUGCUACAUCCGCAAACCACCAACUAGUGUUUAGAUGGCAGCAGCAUCGUCACCCAGCCCCUGCCGCAACACCAAUCAUCACAGCAAGUAGUAUGUCCCACCUCGGCGUCUUCGCCGUUCACACUUAAUUCACCUAUGUCUCACACCGAGCACACGAGCACACCGCAGAGUGUCUACCAAACGACGGGCUCCUCCAACCCCAUGGACAGCCCUGGUUCCCAACUCUAUCCGCAUUUGUCCCCUCUAGAUCCGACAUCGGAGCCACAACAUCAUUCGCACCAGCUGCAUCGCGGCAUCCCUCCGCCAGGUCUUCAUCCCGCGCUCUAUUUGUACGCUCAUUAUUCGAAUACGAACCCCGCGAUCUCGUAUUCGGAUUAUAUUCAGCGUAACAAUUGAACGCGAGUUUUCACUUAGCAUCGAUCGACUUCCAACGUGUAUGAUAAUACCAGUUAAACUGGUGCUAUUUAAUCGCGUCGGUUGAUCAAAGUGCCUAUCGAGCAUCCAAUACUUCCGGUUUGUAACGACAGAUGCUCGCUCGUCACUCGGUUUUGAGAUACGCUUUUGGUCAAAGAAGGAUACGACGACAUAAGCCGAUUGUUUCAAUUGUACAUCAAUUGUGAUUGCUGCUCGAAAAAAGAAAAAAAGAAACGUUUGCUAAUACUUUGUGUUCAUCUAAUGGAUUUUAUACUCACGAGCAUCUUUUUAAACACGAGAUUGAAUAGCACCUGUUAGAGACGCGGUUUUCAAUCGCGGGCCGAUCAGAUCGUGCCGACGCAGGAUUUGUAUGUGUAUCGUUUCGAAUGAUUUUAUCAUUGCACCCGAUGCUAGCUGAAAUCGAAGCGUGUAACGUUUCUAUAGGUCUCCAUAAUUUCAGCAUUCUUAUUUCGUUUGAUUUAAUCACGUCUCUGCGAGUAUACAUAUACAUAUAUACAAGGUUUAUUGUAAAUGUGGAUCGCUACUUCAGGUGUGAUUCUAGAGCAAAAAUUCAUUUGAACAUAUGUUUAAAAAUGUUUUUAUUUAAUUGAUCUCUUCAUUCUGCCAAGACGUUACCUGAUAGAAUGUUACUUCUAGACAUUUUCUCUUAAAGAAAAGAUUUGCUUUUAUUUUGUUUGAGAAUGAAUUAUUUUGAGAUUGAGGAUUAUUUUCUAUUGUUUCGUAUUGUUGCAAAUAAAGUAACAAGCAUUGUAAUUAUCUCAAAUUUCAAUCGAAAUACGACAUGAAAACGACACAUUUUUGUACAUAUGUUUACACGAAGUGGCUGCUCCAUAUUUAUGAUAUUCUUUGUACAUAUGUGUAUAUAUAUUAUGCGUGAAUCAUUAUACACACACACGUACACAUAUUUAUAUUAUAUUUUUAAAGGAAUUUAGUCACUUGGAUCUGUGAUAUAGAUAGUAAUUAUUAUCUACAAUGUUUAAACUAUUGGUUUACACAAUUUUCAUAAAUAUCAAAAGGAGGGAAAAGGAAAAGCAAUGUCACGGAACGAAAUUUGAUCUACUUUGGUUCUACCGAAGAUGUUUGGUAGACACCCUACUAUUAAUUUUACAACAGCAACAACAAAAACAACAACACUAUAUAUAGGCUCGAUGCCUGUAUAUCUCACUGUUUCACUCUACUAUUAUUCUCUAAUUAAUCCUACCACCACCACGUCUAUCACCACCACCGACAUUUCCCCAUAUAUUACUCUAUCUCACUACUACUAUUACAACUAUUACUAUACUAUCGUCACCACUAUUACUCUACUGCUACUACGUACUACUAAGCUAUUAAAACUAUUAUCAUUAGCUAGGUACACACACACACAUACGCGUUUAUUUCGCCAAUCACGUGUAGCGUAUUCGAUCCGUCACAUAGUCGUCAUGGUUUCUCUUUAGCUUGAAACGCGCUACGAGAAUUCCUUAUAUCCGCUUUUCUCUUUUAGAUCAUAGAACGUUUAUCCCUUCGCAACGCCAAUGGAUAUAUACCUACAUUCGUUGUGACGUGGUGCGCGUUUUUGUGAUAAAAAAAUUAUUCUUUGUUAGAGGAUAGUGCACAGCUUUGAAUCAGUUCUAUAUAGUUGUACUUACUUUCCACAUAUCGAAGUAUGUGUACAGAUAUAUUGUAUAUACAUAUACAUAUACGGCGUACGGAUGUAUUAUAAGACGGAAGUAGUAGGGGAUGCGAGUCGUAAAAGGAAAAAAAAAGUUCUUCUGCAUAAAAGAGGCGCAAUAGGCUGUUGAUUCUUCGCGAAUACUAUCUCUAGAGCUAUAUUAGUUUAUUAUUACCUCCUGUUCACUAACGCUGCAAUCUUCUGUGUAAGCGCGGGGGAACCAUGACAACCGCGUAGAGCUGGAGAAGUAGAAUUAGUUUCAGUAAGUGCACAAUCUUAUACGGUGAUUACCACUUUCGAGUAAUCGUUUUGAGAUAGUUGCGAUCAAGUUGUGUAAAUUGCAAUUCACCCAUUAUUAAUUGCGCGUUAUAGAGCUACGAAGGUACACAAACCGAACAAGAAAGCUAUAUUAUUACAUAUAUACAAUAUUUGCGCUAGCGUGCCUCUCAAACUUCCUUGUAUCGUGGUUCUCUCUUUUUCCUCUUUCUCUUUCUCUCUCUCUCUUUCGGCGAUCUAGUUUUCACAUCGUAAAAUGAUCAAAAUGAUCCUGCGCGCGUAUGCCCGAGGCUUUUGAUUUAAAGAGUAUGCGGAAGUCACACCUGGGUAAGACUGACUUUUACUGUAAUGGACUGUAAGAUACGAAAACGUUUGUUCUCUUUCUUUUCUCCUUUUUCUCUCUCUCUCUCUCUCUCUCUCUCUGUCUCUUUCUCUAUUUAUUUUCUCUUUUCUUUCUGUUUUCAUUACAUGUAAACGCGCUGAGGAAGGAUUAGACCGAUAGAGUCUUUCAUUAAUGAAGAAAAGCCGCGUAAAACGUAUGUUCUUGGACGACAAAAUAAAUUGGAAAAUUAUCAUUUCAUUUCAUUGACGUAGUUAAUCAAUUAACUAUAAUUGAUGAUUAACUAUAAUUAACUAUAAUUAAAAUUUAAUAAGCUAUUAAUAAAGAAUUAAUUAUACAUAAGGAAAAGUAAACUCGUAAAUGCGCAAUUUUUGAUUCAUGAUCAAUUGAGGAAUGAGAUGUAACGAGAGAAAGCAAUUGAUUUUUUUUGUCGGCUAGUCAUUGGGCAGCUCUACGAGAUAUUAAUUGUACUACUAAAGCUGUGAUUAAAGCCUCCGUGCAUAUGAUCGCGCAGCUCCUAGUUAUAGUGAUACAUACACACACAUAUAUAUAUAUAAUAUAUAUAUAUAUAUAUAUCUAUAUUUUGUAGCUUAUUAUAAAUAUGUAAAUAAAAAAGUAGAGAGAUUAGGGACAUCUAAAAAUCGAUCGAUUAAUUAUCAACUUCGAUCUCCUCUCUUUUUUUCGUUUUAAGUAUACAUCUUCGCAGUGUUGGGCAAAAAGGCAUAUAUUUAGAUAUCGUAUGUUAUCGUUUAGGGAGAAUAAUUACAGUGAGUAUUUACAGAGAGUUUUAUACGAGCGCGCAUGGGUCGCGAAGGGUUUAUGUUUUAUAAAUUUUUAUAUAUAAUCGUGUCAUACUGUUUGAAAUAGAGAUGCUUACUUUCAGGCGGCUAAUUUUAUCUUAUCGACACAUUUUAAGUCGGAAUUCAUUAAUCUGCGAAAUGUCAAUUCCAAUGUCUAUGCUGCACGCAAUUUAUUACGAAUAGAG